GACACGUUUCUCACUUCCGGGUUUGUAAUAUCAACAUGUCGAAAUUUAUCAUCGAUUUCUGCUGUUUAUUUGAGCUAUAUGAAUUGCAAUAGAGCCAUUAUUGGAACCUUAUUAGUAUCUUAAUGAUGUGAAGAUGUCGUUCAAGCGAGAGGGAGAUGAUCGGAGUCAACUAAACUGCCUCAAGAAAAGAAGAGUGACUGAGCUGCUAGCUGGAGACAUCCCAGAUGAUGAAGCAGUCCUGAUGAAGAAUGGAAGGUUGGCCUGCCUGGUCUGCAGCCACAAGCCAGUGUUUGACACAAUCGAUAUGCUGACUGUGCACAGGGGUGGCAAGAAACAUCUCAACAACCAGCAGAAGUUUUACUUCAAGAAACAGGAGCUGGCUGAUCUCAUUCUGAAGAGGAGACAGGAACAGUUUCUAUCAGCACAAGAUGAGGAGGACCCCACGCCCUUUCUCACCCAGACCAGACAGAUCACCCAGCAUGCCUUGCUGACAGCAGCCACUCCCUACAAUCCCUGUGUGAAGCAAGGAAGGAAGAAAGAAGAGGACCAGGCAAAGGGGACAGAAACUGGUUUCUUCCAGAGAAGCAGGGAAAGUGAUGAGGAAAGUUUUGUAGUACAACCUUACAAGUCAAAAAGAGGACCUGUGGCACCAAAACAAAAUGAAAGCCAAAAUCCAACAACUAGUUCAAACACUGACAAGGAAUCCAAUCCUCAACACAUGCUUUCUAUCACAAAUUUGCCAACUAAAGAAAAACUUAUGAAGCUACAUAAGGAAUCAACUAAACCAAAAGACCCUACAAAAUCUUGGAAGGAGGUUCAGCCAAAAGGGACUUCAAGAUUGGUGCUUCAGAAAAAGCGGAAACCAGUCACAGAGGAAGGGAAACCAGAGCUAUCAGAGGAAAGACGGAAGGAAAUUGCACAUCAUCUUAAGCUAACAAGCUCUGGUUGGAAGAGGGACAGAGGUGGCCAAUGGGUGAAGGAUGAGGAUGUAGAAUUUGACUCUGAUGAGGAAGAACCGCCCCCUCCCCCUUUAUGACCUUGGGUUGAGGUCACAUUGAAAUGACUUUAUUCUGCACAAUUUACAUUUAUCUUAUAAAACAUGAUUUUGCUUUUAAGUAUAUUAAAAUAUGUAGGAAUCCACUUUGAAAGUCACCCAAGAUUGCAUUGAGUAUAUCAAUUCAAGUGUGCAACAACCCAAUUUUGUAAUGUGUAUCUUAAAACUUGACUUUCCUUCUGAAGUCAUGUAGGAUUUUGCUCCAAUAAAACAUUUUGUAUUGAAACAAG